UUUCCCAACACACAGCCGAAGUGUUAAACGUGUAAAAUGAUGGCACACGGUCGAGCUUUGUGAGGAAAAACUUGUAUUAUUCUUUCAAAACUCAGUGGCGGGAACACUCCCUGAAUCCAGGUCAAAGAUUCAGGUCAAAGAUUGUGUGUUGAUAAGUGUGUCACUCCUCAGAAAAAAACCGUCUGAGAAAAAAAAAAUCGUAAAAUUCAUGAUUAAUCUGAAUUUCUUUCAAUGUUUGGUUAGUUUAUCUAAUUUAUCCACACUAUUAGUACUUAAGUUCUGUUUAUGAUAUGUUGAAUAUUCAUAUCCAUGUAUCUUUUAAUGUUUUGGCACAACAAUUGUCAAAUAUAAUCGCAUAAAGUGUAAAAACAAAUAUAUUUACAGACUAUAUGUAACUUCAAACUGUAAAACAAUAAGUUCCAGUCAGGUAUUUGAAUGUCCAGUGAUGAAUAACAAACACAAAACUGCUGUGUUAUUUUAUGUCUAGCUGGUUAUGACAUAGAGAGUUUUUGGUUUGUUUAUAAUCAUGCAGAGUGAGAGCUCGUCACUUCUCAGCCAUCUUUAGUUUGUUGUUUGUUGCAGUUCCAGCAGUUUAUUUCUGUUUAAUUUAGGCUACUGUGAUAAAAGUCUUCAAAGUUAGAUUUCACUGGGAGUAAAACUACCACCACGGUGUAGUGGACGUGUAAAUACAAGGCUGGUGGGCAGAUAUCAAUGGAAAUACUAAAAAUACGGAUUUAAAGCUAGCUAGGUCUGUUAGCUAACUUGCCAGCUCGCUAGCUUCUUAGUAGCAUUAGCUCGUUUUAGCUAACUGCUUAGAGCACAGACUGCUUGUUUGACAUCAAGAAGCUACUUAAAGGAUGAGCGGAGGACGCCAGCCGUCCAUGUAUUUCCUCGGGAUGCCGGACCUGAAGCAGCUGGUCUGCGUCACUCUGACUCUGCAGGAGGACGAGGAGCCGAGGAGCGAACAGAUCAAGACCUGCAGAGAGCUGGUGCUGCUGUACUCUGAUGUUCUGGCCUCUCCAGCUCUGGACUCCUUCAGUGAGAUCACAGUGGUCAUGGCUAUCUCGUUUUUCCAGACAGGCAUCCUCCAGGUGUUUGGACAGAGACGCAGUCUGCAGUUGGGCUUCCCCCAGUGUGUGUUUCCAGGUGUCCUCCAGUGUUGUCUGUCCUACUCUCUGAUCACCAGACUGGCUCCCAGGUGGAAUAAAGCAGGACUCUACCUCAUCACAGGAAAAGACUUUCUGACUGAGAGGGGGAGGCUCAAUGCUGUCAGCAUGGAGCUGAACACCAGCGAGGGCCAACUGUGCAUCAGCAUCGAAGCCAACACUGUCAGACUUCCCCCAACAACACUGGAUGACUUCGACCUCUCUCCGUUGGUGCUGCGGAGGUUCUGCAGUGAUCCUGACUCCGUCCUCGACCCCACCUCCACCGGAGGAGCCAUCUGGUGCCACGUCCUGCCCAGCAUGAAGAAAGGUCAGAUCAUCACCAUCAGCCGUAAGUUGCCCAGAGACGGACCAUUUAAGACCUACAGAGACCUGCAGAACCACUGGAACUGUCUGUACGGUUACAGGCUCCCUGAGCUCGCAGAGGAGGAGGUGGUGUACUGCAGCGUCUACUUCAGACUAGUGGGGGACCGACUCUUCACCUACCCUCUGAGCUGCAUCCGUCUGCACCCGGUGCAGCGCUGCCCUCGGGUCGACCUGCAGGGGGCGCUGGGCUGCUUCCUGUCUGACGUCAGAGACCGGCUGCAGAGUGUGUGUGGCUUCCCCGCUCGUCUGACCAGCAAACCCUGUUACCACACAGUCGGGCUGAACACUGCUGCAACAGUGCAGGUGUUAAGUGGCGAGCAGGUCAACCUGACCACCUCCUGCUCCAUCAGUUCCGUCCUCACUCAGCUCGCUCCUCCUCCUCCUCCUCCUCCUCCUCCUCCUCCUCCCCGACCUGUGAAGCCCCUCUCCUUGUCGCAGCCUCCAGCCUUGGCCCCUGUCUCCCAGCAGGACGGAGCCCAGGGGCUUCUGGGUAAUUCAGUUGGAUUCAGGAGCAGUCUGACACAAAGUCAAGAGUGUAGAGGAGACGCCACCUCCUCCUGCUCACGUUUUUCCUUUUCCUUUUCUUAUUCCUCGGGAUACCACUCAGCUUCCUCCCUAACCUCCUCCUCCUCCUCUUCCUCCUCACUCCCUCUCUUCCAGCCAGCUUCCUCCCUCACCUAUCCUUUCUCUUCCUUCUCUGUCCCCUCUCCUCCUUCUCCUCCUCCUCCCCCGAGUCAAACCCCAGUGCUCCCUGCUCCCACACUGGUUCCCAUCUUUAAGAACAAGUGUCCAUCUCGCCACAUUAACGUCGCCUUACUGCGGCUCCAGAAGCAGAAGGAGCAGCUGGGAGGAAGAGGGGACGAGGGGGGGAGGGUGACGUUACCUGCCUUAAAGAUGAAGACUCCCUCCACUUCUUCUUCGUCUUCUUCUGUUUCUUCUCUGCCAGCUGUGCGCCUCCCAUUCCCACCUCCGCGACUCAUUCCUCGCUUCAACCGUCACUCCAAACCUUCCUGCAGCGCUGCUCCUCCAUCAGCAGGUCUCCCAAAACUCAAUCACACCUCCAGCCUCAGUCCUUCACCGAGGUCUAAGCCAGAGCUCAUCUCUACUCCAGAGAUUAAGUCCAAGUCCAGCCACAAAGUCAGGUUCAACUCUGAGAGCAAAACUGCUGCCAACUCCGGCCAUGAAGUGAAGGAGAGAAGAAGAAAACCUCUGACGUCUUCUGAUAACUCCAACGACGACUCCUCCACCAGUGAAACAGCCGGAGUCGCGUUCGAGUCGAAGCCGAAGAAAUCCAGAUCAGCAGUGCGAGACGUGGAUGUGGAGCAAAUGGCCCGAAGCAACCAGUUGUCCCAGCUGAGCUCUGCGACUCUGUUGUCCUGGUUAAAAGGAAGAGGAGUCGUUGUCAGUGCCAAACACAGGAAGGAGGAGCUGAUGCUGAAGGUCAUGGGCUGUCUGGCUGAGGCCUGAAUCACACACACACACACACACACACACACCAUAUCUACUUAAUCGACUCACUUCGGAGUAUUAACGCUGCUCCUCGUAUAAAGAUUUGAUGUGAAAUCUGGCCGUCUUAUCGGCCUGUGUUAGAUGAGAGCAUCUCAUCCUCGCUAAUUGAGAUGCUGAAGAUUUGCCAAAAUUUAAUUCUGGUGGCAGAUAAAGUUGCAGAAGUGACAAAUUGAAACUACAAAGUGAAAUCCAAACUGUGUGAAGCUGUUUGCUCUCAUCUUUUGUUGGCUGAUGAACACUUCCUGUGACCUCGCAUGAGUUCUGGGUCACGAUGUUCAGUUAGCGUUCUGUAGCUUUGAUCGUCAUGCAUCCAUUGAGAUGUGUUGCUGUUCUGCUCUUGGUUUACUGUUAUGUUUUAUUUCUUCCUUUGUCACUUUUAAAAACUCAAACGUGAAAAAACACACAAGUUAUCUGUCUGUCAGAAGAAGAAGAUGCACUUAAUCAAACCACAUUUCAAGCUGUGAGGUUUGUAACUCUGUUUCAGAAUGUUGUUCACAAAGAAUGUUCAGUAUUUUGUAUUCUGUUACCAAUAUUUGCUUAUUUAUACAGUAUUUAUACAGGAGCUGCUUGUUUGUUGUUGAAGAAUAAACAGAAGCUCAGAGGAUAAAAGAU